UGAUCUCAGCUCCCUCCACGGAGCGAACUCGGGCUAGAGGGAUGACGAAUUGAGCCUUGGAAUCUUCCAGGGUGUCGAACCUGAGACCUACUAAACAAUUCAAUAGAUAUCGACCUACUCACCUUUCACCCAGACCAUCUUUCCUGUCACAUACAUCACCGUCACUUAGAUUGUCGCGCAUCAUGUCCGACAGCGGCUCGGGAACAACAGCGACAUCGAAUCGAAAGCGCAAUGGCUACAGAGAGUGCGACGACCCAGAACCUGCGGAUCCUAAUGGAACCGAUCACUCUCCGCCGGACAAUAUCACAUGGCGGGACCGUGUCGCUCACUUCACCUGGCCUUGGUUCGCAUGCACAAUGUCUACCGGUGCGGUAGCUGUGGUACUGUCUAAUACCCCGAAUCAAUUCACUGGUCUGCAAACUAUCGGCAAAAUCUUCUUUAUCCUGGCUCUUGUCCUGUUUGUUAUCUUCACCAUUACCAUCACGAUCCGCUUCAUCCUAGUUCCGCAAAAGUUCCUCGCUUCGCUGCAUCAUCCUGUCGAAUCGCUGUUCUUCGGAAGUUACUGGGUCUCGAUUAGUUUACUUCUCAAUUGCAUACAUCUGUACGGUGUGCCGAAUACUGGACCUUGGCUUAUCAAAACAUUGGAAAUUCUCUUUUGGAUUUACUGCGCUGUUGUGCUGAUUGUCGGUAUUGGACAAUACUACAUCCUUUUCCAGCUGGAGCGUCUGAGUGUCAACAAUGCCAUGCCUGCUUGGAUCUUCCCCAUCUACCCCUUACUUGUCGUCGGGCCGCUGGCUAGCACGCUGGUGCCCAAUCAACCACACUCAGCCGCUGUUCCAAUGUGGAUCGGCGGAGUCAUGCUUCAAGGCGUCGGAUGGUGUGUCGCUCUCAUGAUGUAUGCUAUCUACACACAAAGAUUGAUGGUCAGCGCCCUCCCUGACCCUUCGACUCGCCCUGGUAUGUACGUCUCUGUCGGACCUGCCGGAUACACUGCACACGCACUCAUCUCUCUCGGUCGACAAGCACCAGCGGUGUUUGGAAACAGAGAGAUGUUCGGUAUCACCACGCUUCCUGUCGGAGAUGUGAUCAAGAUCAUUGGUAUCCUCGCUGGCUUCUUUGUGAUUCUCUUUUCUUUCUGGUUCUUCUGUGUGUCCACGGUCUCGGUUCUUGCUGGCAUCAAAGAGAUGGAUUUCACAUUGAACUGGUGGGCAUUCGUCUUCCCCAACGCCGGUCUGACGCUUGCCGCCAUUCAAGCUGGAAGUGUUUUGAACAGUUCUGGCAUCAAUGGCAUUUGCAGCGCAUUGACCAUUGGACUGGUCAUCAUGUGGAUAGUCUGUGCUAUCGCACAUAUCCAAGCUGUCAGGAAGGGAAAUGUCAUGUGGCCUGGAAAGGACGAAGACAAGACGAUGAACGGAAUUAGAUGGGGAGCACACGCUGCCUGAUGACGCUGCUGGUCUGGGUCAUUCUUCUGUUGUGUACUUAAAUUGUAAUCAUAUUCUUUAUAAUCCCAUGUUUGCCCUCUAAUUCUCUAAGGCACUAAUUUCGUACUCUAGAGUUUAAUGUGGAAUCACAAUCUGGCGCCUUCUGGCAAUGUUGUUGCUAUACGAUGUGAGCUCGCAAUGCAGGUCGAGCGAUUUCGAGAUCAAAAGCUGAACACGACUUUUGGCCGCUCGGGAAAGAUAUUUCGCCGCGAUUCACACACCUUACGCGUCGUGUUCAACAGCGACAUCGCUCUUUAGAUCAACCAGUCGAUUGUUUCUCCUUUGCUCUGCGUC